CCCUGGCUCUUCUCCCCAGAACGGGGCAUUCCCCACCCCUGCCUUGGGCUCUCCUGCCACUCCUGCCCUGUUUGCUACAUUUGGAGGGAAGCUGGCCCUGCCCCAUAUAAGAGCCCUGCGGGGGGCUGGGUGUGCCAGAGCGGUUAGGGGGCUGCUGGAUAUGCAGGCCAGCGGGGCUGCAGGAGCAGCAGCGGCAGCAGCAGCAGCAAGCGAGAAGGCAGCAGCGCGGACCCCAAAAUGCUCCCGCUGCCGCAACCACGGCUUCGUGGUGCCGGUGAAGGGCCACGCCGGCCGGUGCCGCUGGAAGCAGUGCCUCUGCGACAAGUGCUCCCUCAUCGCCGAGCGCCAGAAGAUCAUGGCAGCCCAGAAGGCGCUGUGGCAGCAGGUGCCCGACGCCCCUGUCAGGGUGGCUGUGGGCUCCGCUCCCUCAGGGGAGGACGUCGCGGCCGGUGCCUCUGAGCAGAGCAGCCACGUGCGGGCGAAAGGCGGCCAUUCCGCCGUUGGCAGUGACAAAGGCACGGCACGCAGGGGUCUGCCGCCACCUCCUGCUGGCCCUCCCUUCUGGGACUACGCUCACUCUGCUUUUCCUCCAGAAUACAAGGUCAGCACAGAAUACAUGGAGAGAGACCCUGCAGGAGUGUAUCCUGCUUGUUCUGGGAUGUAUCCUUACCACCCAUUUCCCAUGGGAUUUGCCAUCAACCAGCCAGGCUGUAAGGCAGCACCGUCACCUCCAGGGAUUUCACUUCAGAAGGGUUUCCGACCCGUUCCAAGCAGCUCUGGACCAGGGAAUGCAGCUUCUUUGUCAAUUCCAGAUGGAGGUGGAGAUUUCCAUCAGGCGUACUACACUCCUCUGCCUCAGUUUGUCCCACCAACUUUUCUGCCAGGGGUUCAUUAUAUUCCACCUCCCCUGUCACUGAAUGUGUUUGCUGAAGCAGCCAAGGAAGCACACGGUACUGCAGCUGACAGCCAGGAUUCAGGGAUGGUUAGUGAACCUAGCCAACCAUCUUCUUCCCCAGAAGAAGCAAGCAGAGACCAAUCUGUAUGUUCUAAACAGUAAAUAGUCUGGAGAAAAGCUGAGUGGCAGGGAGCACUAUUUUCAUUAUUGAGGAGAGUGUUGUUAAUAUGAGGCUAGGGUGACACUUAGUUACUGAGCAGUCACAACAGCUAAAAGAAGGAGAUUAAUGUCUGCUCACUUCAUGAUCAUGUUUAGAGCUACCAGCCUCACAGCUCUGCUCCCUGGCAGUGUAAAACCCUUGUUUUCACUGCGUGAAAGAGGUUUUCCAAAGCCAAGGUAAAUUGCAUCCCCCUUAGGCAGAUGGAAGCAGGAAAGGAUUACGACUUUGAUUUCUGGUUUCUUUGCUGAAGUUGGAUGGCUCCUUGAUUUUUGGAGUGAGGUCUCCACACCAUGUGCACUCUGUGGCCUUCUCAUGUUUGUGACAGUAAUCAAAAAUUGCUGUGUUGUUUGUGUAUCAGUUUGCUGUAGCAGAAACUCGGUUCUGAGUAUUAUGGAAGAGUUAAGUGAUGUAGAGCCUGAAGACUGAGAGAGAAUGGGAAGACAGUAUGGGUUGCUGGUACGUAAAUCAGGCUUCAGGAUUUUGAGUGCCUUUGACAGUUCAUACGUUAUUGCAGUGCUGUUUAGCUCAGUACAGCUGAAACAAACAGUACAGAUUUUUUAAAGGGUUCACAUAGAACAGCUUUGUGCGUGUGGAUUGGAAGUACACUGGCAUAGCAAAGAUGUGAUGUCCUAGAAGGUAGGACAAAACACCGCUUAGAAUACCAAUUGGUCAAGGCUAUACAUAUCAUAAUUGUCAAUAAUACUGUUUAAAUAAAAAUGAAAGGUGCAUUCCUCUGCUGUUUUGCCUAAAGCAAGUGCUUUGUGUAUUAAGCGGAUGAAUUGUUAAUGUUGGAAGAAUGUUGGAAGAAUGUUACUUCUGGGUAAUUAAAAAGCUUUGAAUUGUU